UCUUUCUCGACACACACCCAAAAGAAAAACCAAAGAUGCACUUCCCACUCGCCAUCGCCGCCAUAGCGCUCUUCCUGGCGAGCACCUCCGCCCACAUGCAACUCUUCUACCCAGCCCCGUUCAAUGCUUCCAACAACCCGCACCGCACCUCCACCACAGCCGACCCGUACCUCGAGUUCCCCUACAACUGCUGCGGCGACAAAGACAGAUGGAUGUACCCUUGCCGCGGCUACGAAUCCCUCCUCAACACCCCCGACGGCGCACCCACCGCAACCUGGCGCGCCGGCGAUUCCGCAAACUUCAUCCUCUGGGGCCCAACUUCUCUAGGCGGAAACCACUACGGCGGCAGCUGCCAAAUCGGCUUCUCAACCGACGGCGGUUCAACAUUCCACGUCGCGACCUCUUACGAAGGAAAUUGUCCACACCGCAACAACGGCGUCGGACCCGAAGGCCAGAAUUUCGAAUUCGUGGUUCCGAGCGACCUCGCACCGGGUGUUCAGCUCUUCGCUUGGAUUUGGUACAACAGGGAACAGGAAUUGAAUAUGAAUUGUGCGGCUGUGGAGAUUGUGGCACCUGAAGCCCCGAUUGGAUACGCUCGAGAUACCAGAUCUUCUGCUUCGACUUCUAUGCCUUUCGACGCUCGACCCCUCAUGUUCGUCGCGGACAACGGAAAUGAUUGCGAGACACCACAUUCGACAGCUGAACUGAAGUUUCCUGAGCCAGGUCCUGAGGUUGUGGUUGGUGAUGGCGUGUACCCAUUGGAAUUACCUAAGGGCGCUUGCGGGCAGAAGGAAAUGCUGGCGAAGCAGGGUUAUUAUGUCGAGAGUCGCGGUGAUGAAUACUGA